CCUGAUUGAAAUCCAAAAGAACGCUCCUCAAUUCUGUUCCGUCCAGAACGACGCCCGCAGGCCGCCCCGCUUUCUUCGCUCGCUCGACUGCUCCUCCGCCACCGGAGCUCCGCCCGCCGGCCGUCCUCCGCCCCCUGCUGGCCCUCCACCGUGCGAGCCUGUCCCGUCCCGCCCUAUCUUCCGCGCGGCCCCGUCCCGGCCCCGCCUUCUCCUCGCCGCGCCGCCGUCCGCGAUCGCCGGGGUGAUGAACAAGCGGCCUCGCGACGAGCCCUCCUCCUCCCUCGCCUCCGCCCAAAAGCGCCAGUUCGGCGCAGGCGGCGGCGGCGGCUAUGGGGGACAACAAGGGUACUCGGAGGAGCGGAACAGCGCGCGGCGGGUGGCGGACCACUACAGCGCCCGAUCGAAUCAGACGCUCGAGGAGCGCGAGAACAGCCCCAUUAUCCACCUCAAGAAGCUCAACAACUGGAUAAAGAGCGUCCUGGUCCAGCUGUAUGCGCGUCCAGGAGACUGCGUUCUAGAUCUUGCUUGUGGCAAGGGAGGGGAUUUGAUAAAGUGGGAUAAGGCCAGGGUUGGCUAUUAUGUAGGCGUUGAUAUUGCAGAAGGCUCGAUAAAAGAUUGUAUGACCCGUUAUAACGGUGAUGCUGAUCAACAGCGAAGGAAGAAGUUCAGCUUUCCUGCACGGCUUAUUUGUGCUGAUUGUUACGAGACUCGUCUGGAUGAGUAUCUAUGUGAGGAUGCUCCAUUUGACAUAUGCAGCUGCCAGUUUGCAAUGCACUACUCGUGGUCAACUGAAGCACGUGCAAGACAAGCCCUUGCUAAUAUAUCUGCAUUGCUUCGUCCUGGAGGCACUUUCAUUGGAACGAUGCCUGAUGCUAAUGUCAUUAUUAAAAGGCUAAGAGAAACUGACGGGAUGGAGUUUGGAAACAGUGUUUACUGGAUUACCUUUGGUGAAGAGUACAACGAAAAGAAAUUCCCCGCAUCCAGGCCUUUUGGAAUCAAGUACAAGUUUCAUUUAGAGGACGCAGUUGAUUGCCCGGAGUGGGUUGUUCCAUUCCAUCUCUUCAAACUACUGGCAGAGGAGUAUGAUUUAGAGCUGGUUCUAAUGAAGAACUUCCACGAAUUUGUACAUGAGUACUUGCAAAAGCCUGAGUUUGCUGAUCUCAUGCGAAGGCUGGGUGCUCUUGGUGAUGGACGAUCGGUCCAAAGCACACUAUCGCAAGAUGAGUGGGAAGUGUCCUAUCUCUACCUCGCAUUUGUUCUGCGUAAGCGAGGCCCUCCACCCUCCCAGCGGAGAGCCAACAAUGCUAACAGAGGGAAGACGUUCCUUGCUGAGGAGGACAUCGAGUUUCUUAGCAUAUAAAGCAGAAUUUGCCCUCCUGGAGCUUACUAACAGGUUACGGAUUCUAUCGCUGCGUAAAAGAAAGUUGUAUCUUUAGUGGCUCACCUGUGGUCUCUCCGAGGCGUAUCUGUUAUGUAACUUACAAGUGUAAUGUAUAAACAGCAUGGGCUAGAUACUCAUUAUGUAAUUUUGCAGAGAUGAAUAAAUAUUUAGUUGUCAUACUUCACGCAAAAGCUCUGAAGUUCUAUAUGAAACGUGGAAA